AUGGUGCCUAUGGACUUCACGUUCUUGGGGAUGUACCGUCACCCCCCAACCGUCGAAUACAGGGUACUGAUAUACCCGUGUCUGGCAGCUGGGAGGGAAGCUGGCUGCUAUGUUUUAUCGUUGGGCUCCAUCCAACCGCCGAGAAGCAUUGUCAGGCCGGGGGAAGUGCAUAAAGAAGUGAUAUUCGGCACCAAGUCCGUGCUAUCCUGUGGCGGGCUGCACUGGUAUAGGGUGCAUCAGCACGAGGGCGAAAGCAACAUGAUAAUCGUAUUUGACACCACAGCCGAGACGUUCCGACAGAUGCGCGUCCCGGUUGUUCGUGGUACCACCUGUGAUGGGCUAUUUGAGAUGGAUGGCAUGCUCGGCAUGUCUAGCUUUAACGACAAAGCGACAAGCAUUGAUAUCUGGGUGUUGCAGGACUAUGCAAGCGAGGUCUGGACCUUCAAGUGCCACAUUGAACUGCCGCUUGCAGAGAUUAUGGCGUCGUGUGGAAAACGCGAUGACGAUGACUCUUGGGAAACGGUGGUCGUGCCUGGGGAUGGUGAGUUGCUUGUCCUGGUCAAAUUUCCCAACUGGCUAGUUCAGGUUGACAUGGAUGGCAAGUUGGUCGCCACUUUCAAUCACACAGGUGUCCAACCUACUCAACUGCAGCUCAAGCAAAGUCUUGUUCCGCAUGACUAUUCUUUCCAUCGCUACAUGGUUAUGUUGUGA